AUGCAAGUGGUAAUUAACUUAAUCCUGCUCAUAUCCUUGCUACCAAAAAGCUAUUGCUUUUUGGGGAUUGGCAGUAAACAGUCGGUGGCUGUUACUGGACGCCUCAUUUGUAAUGGUUGGCCUGCUGUUGGUGUAAAGGUCAAACUAUAUGAAAAAGAAGUCCUUCUUGAUCGUAAAAUGGCCGAAGGUAGAACUGAUGCUUUUGGAUGCUUCUACCUAUGGGGAAGUAUGAGAGAAAUCACGACUAUUGAUCCUAAAGUCAACAUUUACCACACAUGUAACCAUGCUGGAGUACGUUCCUUGUUUGAAGGGUGA